AAGUGAUGUAUAUGCAUCCAUUUCUACACUUGGAAUGAUAUUUGCGCAUUUUGCAGAUGGCUUCCUGUGCAUUUCAUAAUAAGUGUUCCGUGUGAGAGUGUUGUAGUUCUUCUUGAAACCCCAACAGAGUGAGACCUCUCGCUUAUUGCUCUCCUACAGGAUCUCUGCUUUGCAGCUACAGGUUGCUCACCUGUGUGCUGGAGCGCUCAGUUCUCACAGAGCGCACGAGCUCCGUGCAGCAGCAGCAGCAGCAGCAGCCAGCGGGCGCGCGCUGCCAUUCCAACAGUCACCUAUAACAGUUGUGACGGAACGAAGCGCACGGAACGACAACCUUCGAAUAUUAACCGUUAAUACUCCUCCGCCGGUCUCCUGGGGGAACGGUUGCUCUCUCUCGGGUCGAGACGGAACCGUUGGUUGGUAAAGAAGUGCAGCCGGUUAACGCCACGUCGACUAAAACAAACAAACUAUAAACAGGUGUUUCUUCGCUUUCUUUCUUUUUUAACCUGUUGGGAGUUUUUAACCAUGUUGGACCCGUCCUCAAGCGAAGACACUGGUGGGGAGUCUGACCCAGAAGUUGUCCAGGAGGCUCCGAAGAAACCGGCUGCUCCUUCAGUGGGUAAACGUACGAACAGCAGCAGCAGCAGCCGGUCGUCGGGCGGUGGUCAGCGGAGACAGUCCGCCGCACCUGGAGGAGGAGGUGGAGGUGGAGGUGGCGCCGGCAAAGGUGCCAAAGACAGCAGCAACAACGCGACAACAGGUGAAGAGGAGGAGGAGGAGGAGGAGGAGAGGAAAGAGAGGGAGCGCAUCCAGAAGGAGGAAGAGGAGAGGAAAAUUAAACUGCAGAUCUACGUGUUCGUCCUGCGGUGCAUCGCGUAUCCGUUCAACGCCAAGCAGCCCACCGACAUGGCCCGGCGGCAGCAGAAGGUGAACAAGCAGCAGCUGCAGGCGGUGAAGGAGCGUUUCCUGGCCUUCCUCAACGGGGAAACUCAGAUUGUGGCGGAUGAAGCUUUCUGCAACGCUGUGAGGAGCUACUAUGAGGGUUUCCUGAAGAGCGAGCGCGUUUCCCGGAUGGUUCAGAGCGGCGGCUGCUCGGCCAACGACUUUCGCGAUGUCUUCAAGAAGAACAUCGAGCGGCGCGUUCGCAGCCUCCCGGAGAUCGACGGCCUGAGCAAAGAGACGGUGCUGAGCUCCUGGAUCGCCAAGUACGACGCCAUCUACAGGGGGGACGAGGACAUGCGGCGCCAGCCACAGCGGGCGCACUUGAGCGCCGUGUCGGAGCUCAUCCUCAGUAAGGAGCAGCUGUACGAGAUGUUCCAGCAGAUCCUCAGCAUCCGCAAGUUUGAGCACCAGCUGCUGUACAACGCCUGCCAGCUGGACAACGUGGACGAGCAGGCGGCUCAGAUCCGCAGAGAGCUGGACGGGAGGUUACAGCUGGCCGAGAAGAUUGCCAGGGAGAGAAGAAACCCAAAGUUCAUCUCCGCUGACAUGGAGCCUCUCUACGUGGAGGAGCUGCGUUCGUCGGUCAACCUGCUCAUGGCCAACCUGGAGAGUCUGCCGGUGUCCAAAGGAGGUCCGGACUUCAAACAGAAGCUCAAACGCUCCUCCAUGAACAACUCCUUCCUGGACAUGGGAGACGAGGGAGACAUCCUGUCCAAGUCUGACGUUGUGCUGUCCUUUACGCUGGAGAUUGUGAUUGUGGAGGUCCAGGGUCUGAAGUCUGUGGCUCCAAACCGGAUUGUUUACUGCACCAUGGAGGUGGAGGGAGGAGAAAAGCUGCAGACGGACCAGGCUGAAGCCUCCAGACCACAGUGGGGGACUCAGGGGGACUUCACCACCACUCACCCUCUGCCCUCGGUCAAAGUGAAGCUGUUCACAGAGAGCACCGGGGUCCUGGCUCUGGAGGACAAGGAGCUGGGCCGGGUGGUCAUGAAUCCAACCACCAACGGGCCAAAGCAGGCCGAGUUCCACCGGAUGGUCGUCCCCAAGAACAGCCAAGACACAGAGCUGAAGAUCAAACUGGCCGUCCGCAUGGACAAACCCCCCAACAUGAAGCACAGCGGGUACCUGUACGCUGUGGGACAGAGAGUCUGGAAACGCUGGAAAAAAAGAUAUUUUGUUCUUGUUCAGGUGAGUCAGUACACGUUCGCCAUGUGCAGCUACAGAGAGAAGAAGGCCGAGCCUCAGGAGCUGAUGCAGCUGGAGGGCUACACGGUGGACUACUGCGACCCUCAGCCAGGUCUGCAGGGCGGCCGGGUGUUCUUUAACGCAGUGAAGGAGGGCGACCUGGUGAUGUUUGCCAGUGACGACGAGCAGGACCGGACGCUGUGGGUCCAGGCCAUGUACCGAGCCACCGGACAGUCCUACAAACCGAUCCCACCGCUGCAGAACAAAACCACAAACUGCAGAGGAGGACUCCAGAAACCAGCGUCCCCCAUCAGUCUGGAUCCGUCUCAGCGUCAGGGGGUGGAAGGGCUGAUCUCUGCAGCUCCGUGUCGCUUCGACCACGCCGCCCUCUUCACCAUCUUACAGAAACACACUCUGCAGCACCGCAUGAACGACUCCUUCUCCUGCCUGGGUUGGUUCAGUCCCGGUCAGGUGUUCGUACUGGAUGAGUACUGCGCUCGGUACGGCGUUCGAGGCUGCCACCGUCACCUGAGCUACCUGAAGGAUCUGAUGGAUUAUUCAGAGAACAACGCGCUGGUCGACCCCACGCUGCUGCACUACAGCUACGCCUUCUGCGCCUCCCACGUCCACGGAAACAGGCCUGAUGGGAUGGGGACGGUGGCCGUGGAGGAGAAAGAGCACUUUGAGGCCAUCAGGGGUCGCCUCAUAGCUCUGCUGGAGAACCAGAUCACACAUUUUAGGUACUGCUUUCCCUUUGGACGACCAGAUGGGGCCCUGAAGGCAACGCUCUCCCUGCAGGAACGGGUUUUGAUGAAGGAUAUCACCACGCCGGUUCCUCCAGAGGAGAUGAAGAAACUGGUGCAGAAGUGUCUGGAAAAAGCAGCUCAAAUCAACUACAGUCAGCUGAUCGAGUACGCGCAGAUCAAGGCGGAUGCUCAGGCAGCUCCGGAGAAAAGACUAGAGGACAUGAUGCGACUGGGAGAGCUCUGCAUCGAAGUCCUGCAGCAGAACGACGAACAUCACUCUGAGGGAAGAGAGGCCUUCUCGUGGUGGCCGGAGCUGAUGGCCGAACACGCCGAGACGUUUCUGUCUCUGUACAAAGCCGACAUGGACGGCGCUCUGCAGGUCCAGCCUAUCGACUCCUGGGACAGCUUCCCGUUGUUCCAGCUCCUCAACAACUUCCUGCGAACUGACCUUCACCUGUGCAACGGGACGUUCCACAAACACCUGCAGGACCUGUUCGUCCCCCUGGUGGUGCGCUACAUCGACCUGAUGGAGUCGUCCAUCGCUCAGUCCAUCCACCGCGGCUUCGAGCAGGAGACCUGGCAGUCCGUCAAGUCGUUAACUAACAAUCUAGCGAGCGUUCCUCUUCCCAAAGUCCCAAGCCUCCCUCUCACGCUGCCACAGAUGCCCAGCUUCUCAGCACCCGCCUGGAUGGGACCGCUGUAUGAGAACACCUUGCAAGGAAUUAAUCUACCCGACAUCUUUAACGGCUCGGCCACCUCGGAGGAUCUCUUCUGGAAGUUGGAUGCACUGCAGAUGUUCGUGCUAGACCUCCAUUGGCCGGAGCCCGAGUUCGCCAAACAUCUGGAGCAGAGACUCAAACUGAUGGCCAGCGACAUGAUGGAGGCCUGCGUCAAGAGAACAAAAUCUGCAUUUGAUGCCAAAAUGCAGAGAGCGAGUAAGUCAACGGACUUCCGGGUGGCGCUGUCGGUCUGCACCAUGUUCAAUGUGCUGAUGGACGCCAAGAAGCAGUGCUCCAAACUCUGCGUGCUGGACACCGGCCAGGAGAAUGACAAACAAUGGCAACAGUACCACUCCAAAAUCGAUGUUCUGAUUGACGAUUCAUUCAAAGAAAUGAUUUCCUCCCUCGUCACAAAGUUUGCCGCUGUUUUAGACGGCGUCCUCUCCAAGCUCUCGAGAUACGAUGAAGGGACAUUCUUCUCUUCAAUCCUCUCUUUCACAGUGAAAGCAGCUGCCAAAUAUGUGGAAGUCCCUAAACCAGGGAUGGAUCUGGCCGACACCUACAUCACCUUCAUACGGCAGAACCAGGACAUCCUCCGAGACCGCGUCAACGACGAGCAGUACAUCGAGAAGGUGUUCGAUCAAUGGUACACCGGCUCCAUGAAAGCGGUGUGUGUUUGGCUGACAGACCGACUGGACCUGCAGCUCCACAUGUACCAGCUGAAGACACUCAUCAAGAUUGUGAAGAAGACCUACCGUGACUUCAGGCUGCAGGGCGUCCUGGACGUCACGCUGAACAACAAGAGCUACGAGACCAUCUACAACCGGCUGACGGUGGAGGAGGCCACGGCGGCUGUCAAGACGGGUGACGGCCUGCAAGGCAUCAGCAUGAGAGACAGCGACGAGGAGGACGAUUGAACACACGUCAUACCUUCGCUCGCCGCUAUACUACUUGAUUAUCAGAUCAGAACCUUCCAUCGCAGAUAUGUCGUAGAUGAAAAGUUGCACAGUAGAGGUAACAUGUCAUUCAUCGUAGCUGAAGGUCCUGAUCAGGUAAGGAUGGACGCUCAGGUAGUGAACCCCCCCUCCCGUCUCCGCCUCCCGUUUACCCAACCUGUCACAUGCUCAUCGCCCUGACACUGCUGUACAUGUUGAAACGUACACAAGUGAGAAUGUACGACAAACAGGAAGUGAAGGUGUGGCGCGGACACUCUGGACGGUGCUGAGACGAACCUCCAUCUCUCACCUGCAGGACAGGAAGCCCCGCCCUCCUCCACGUGCAGCCAUACUCUAUUGAUGUCACUUUGUACAGUAGAGCUCAGCGAUCGCCGCCCACCCGUCUUGUUUCAUCGACAGUUGUAGCUAAUUGUUCAAAAAGGCUCCGGCAGCUCUUAACCCCCAGAGUCCUUGACCUCGACCUCGACCUCGACCUCGCCGCCUCUUUACAUCGUUUUUAACCGACAGCAACGGCAGCAAAAUCAACUAAAGAUAUUUAUUUUUAAUUGACAGGAAGCUUGGAAUUGUAAGAUUGUAUUUGACUGUUUUAAUCAAAGUUAUCCACGGUCUUGUCUUUGAAUAUUACUUUAUACUAUUAUGGUUUUAUUAUAUUUUAUUAUUAUGGUUAUGUUGAAUAACCAUUUACCAAUAACUAUUUGUUUAAAGGACCAGUGUGUCGCAUUUUGUUGGAUCUCUUGGCAGAAAUGGAAUAUAAUAUUAAUAAGUAUGUUUUCAUUAGUGUAUAAUCAUCUGAUAAUAAGAGUAGUUGUAUUUUAGUUACCUUAGAAUGAGCUGUUUAUAUCUACAUAGGGAGCGGGUCCUCUUCACGGAGCCGGCCGCCAUGUUUCUAUAGUGGCACAGAACAGACAAACCAAACACUGACUCUAGAUAGAGACAUUCAC